AUGUAAUCUGAAAAUCAAGAUUAUGUGAGAUGUAAAUAUUGCAAGCAAAAAAUACAUCAAUGCUAGAUGUUCGCACAUAAACUGGAGUGCAACCUAUAAAACCAUCCUAAUUACUAGUCUGAAAUCAAAUCUAGAAUCUCAGAAAAUUAGUCUCAAUUCUAAUCUUAGAACAAUCCCCAAUAAUAAUCAAGAGUGCAAUAAAGUUCCUCAAGAAAUCCUGUUCAGUAUGUGGAAUCACACAUUUAUUCUUCUGAAUAAGAUAACACCUUCAAUUAAAAUUCGAUGAUGAACAAUCGAAGAAGGUCUGAUUAUCCAGAUUAAUAAAUAAAUGCUUCCGAAGCACAAAGGAUGCGUUAAUAGAAUCGUAAUUAAUAUACCGAGUCAUUGUUGAAACAAGCAUAGAAGAAAUGCGAAUACUGUGAUCAAGAAUACCCUAUACAAAUUUUAGAAGAACAUUAUCCUCAUUGUGAAGCCAAAAUGGUAAUUGAAUAGAUGUCCAUUGAAGGUGAACGAAAUGAAAACUUUUAUGAGUAAUAGAAUAAUAAUCCUUAUGAUAACACUUAUCAUUUAAAUCAACAGCAAAUUAACAAUCAAAAUGAUAUUUACUCCGAUUAACCAUAAAAUAGAAAUUAGAAUAUAGUCACUGGAACUUAAAUUGUAGUCUUACCAAAUGGAACUAGAAGAAAAAUUAUCACUACCACAAAUUUAGAUACAGGAUAAGUUAUUGAAAAAAAAAUCAUCAUUGAAUCUUAAUCAUAAUCAUAAUCAUAAACAUAAUAAUUUUUGUAAAUGCCUUCUUUUCCAAUCACUUUUGGGAGAAACACGAACUAAUAGAACUAAUAUUUCAGCUUCUUGAAUGAAUUUCUACGUAAUCCUUUUAUGAUGAAUUAACGAAGAAGCAGAUUUUCACUCAUACCAAUGAUGACUACUUAGCAUCAUCGACACAAUUAAGGGUUAGAUAAUUUAGCAAUUAUCAAAUUUGUACCAUAUGAUGGACUUUCUUAAGAGUAUAAGUAAUGCUCAAUAUGUAUUAAUAAUUAUGAAGAUGGCGAGGAAUUGAUUCUGCUUCCUUGCAUACAUAGAUUUCAUAAGAAAUGUAUUUCGGAAUGGUUUAAAAAUCAAAGCACUUGUCCUAUUUGCAAAACUGACAUCACUUAAUAGGAGAUGGGAUAUGAAGAAGUUGAUUGA